AUGCCUACUGCAACCUUCGACCUAGGAGCCGUUCCAUUCAACCCCGACGGAUGGGGCCCAGUCGAGUCCACCGCUGAUGACUCUAACGUCCCCUUCGCUCCAUUCUCCCGUUCCGACAAGCUAGGCCGUAUUGCCGAUUGGACUCGCAACUUCAACAACCCGACCCGAUCCAAAAACCCAGCCGACUCCGCCUUCGACUUCACCUCCGACGCUUCAUUCCCUUCUUUCGCCGACGAUGACUCAUCUUUCCGAUUAGUCGACGGUAAGCCUCCGCCACGUCCCAAAUUCGGGCCCAAAUGGCGCUUCCAACGCCAGCUUCAGCUUCCUCAGCGCCGCGACGAGGAAGUUGAAGCUAAGAAACGUGAAGCUGAGAAAGAAAGAGCUCGUCGUGAUCGGCAUUACCAGAAUCGUUCAAACCCUAGCAACCAUCGCCGUGAGCUUUUCAAAUCGUCGGUUGAUAUUCAACCGGAAUGGAAUAUGCACGACCAGAUCCCUUUCUCCGCUUUCACCAAACUAUCAUUCAAUGUCUCUGAGCCUGAGGAUCUUCUCCUCUGCGGUGCAGUCGAGAGUUACGAUAGGUCGCAUGAUCGAAUCGCUCCGAAAAAUGAACGUCGUCUUGAGAGGUUUAAGAAUCGGAACUUCUUCAAAGUCACCACCACUGAUGACCCUGUUAUCCGGAGGCUCGCCAAUGAAGAUAAAGCCACGGUUUUUGCUACUGAUGCUAUUUUAUCGACUCUCAUGUGCGCUCCUAGGUCUGUUUACUCUUGGGAUAUUGUUGUUCAGCGUGUUGGGAAUAAGCUUUUCUUUGAUAAGCGUGAUGGGUCGCAGCUGGAUUUGCUUUCUGUUCAUGAGACCUCUCAAGAGCCAUUGCCUGAGGCGAAAGAUGAUAUUAACUCUGCUCAUUCGCUUAGUGUUGAGGCUUCUUAUAUCAAUCAGAAUUUCUCUCAACAAGUUUUGAUUAGGGAUGGGAAAAAGGUUACUUUUGAUGAGCCUAAUCCUUUUGCUAAUGAAGGUGAAGAGGUUGCUUCUGUUGGUUAUAGGUAUAGAAGGUGGAAGCUUGAUAAUGAUAUGUAUCUUGUUGCUAGGUGUGAGGUGCAUAGUGUUGUUGAUGUCAACAACCAAAGGUCUUUCCUUACUUUGAAUGCAUUGAAUGAGUUUGAUCCAAAGUAUUCUGGUGUUGAUUGGAGGCAGAAGUUGGAGACGCAAAGAGGUGCUGUUUUGGCUACGGAACUCAAGAACAAUGCUAACAAGUUGGCUAAGUGGACUGCACAGGCUCUUUUGGCGAGUGCUGAUAUGAUGAAGUUGGGAUAUGUUUCUCGGAUUCAUCCCCGUGAUCAUUUUAACCACGUGAUCUUGGCUGUUGUUGGAUAUAAACCUAAGGAUUUUGCUGCACAGAUUAAUUUGAAUCCGGGCAAUAUGUGGGGGAUUGUGAAGUCUAUUGUGGACAUGUGCAUGAAAUUGAAUGAGGGGAAAUAUGUUCUUGUGAAGGAUCCAUCUAAGCCCCAAGUUAGGAUUUAUGAGGUUCCAGCUGAUGCAUUUGAGAAUGACUAUGUGGAGGAGCCAAUACCCGAAGAGGAGCAAGUUCAACCACAUGCAGAUGGUGCUGAUGAUGCUGAUGGUGUAGAGGCAGCUGCGGCUAGUACCAAUGAUGGGGAAGAUAAGAAGGUUGAAGAUCAAGCUUAA